AUGAGAGUGGAGACAGGAGAGUACAUAUGUCUCUUUGUACAAAAAACCAAUUUAACAACCAUAAAGCACAAAGCCAAUGCUACAAUGGACAUAUGCUUAAUACCAACCAUUCAAACUUCCACGUUGCCAGCAUUUCCUCGCUGUAAAGGAAAUGGUGAUGUUUUGUUAGUAACUAUUAAAUGUGAAAUAGCCAAAACGAAUGAAAAUUAUACUGUGACUUGGUCAGAACAUGCCACACCAGAGACGCCAAUGUUCGGGGAACGGACACAAAUCUACACAGCUAAAAAAGUUAUUUCCUGCGAUCCAUCAAGUACUGAGGUUUCAACGAAAGCUGAAGCAUCGUGCAAUUUCACAAACAUGUGUGGCCAAGUUACCACCAAGGACUUUGACUUCACAAUCAUACGCUACGAAGAUCUGUUCUGUGAAGGGGAACCUAACGGUGUCUGGAAAGACACCAAGGCGGGGUAUGCAGCUGAAAUACAAUGCAUGAAUCAGGCUGGAGUAAAAAAACGAACGUGCAGCAGUGCAGGAAAUUGGGAAGACGUUGUUUCAGAAUGUGUGAAUCAGGAACUCCAUGACGUGCUGAAUACUGCCAAAAUCAGUGACAUUGGACUUGGAGACCUGGAUGUAAAUGCUGCACAAGUAUUUUCUCGCUUUCAGAACGUCACUCAGACAGCAAAAUUAGACACAUCUGCCAAUAUAAAAACCUCUGUCGCAGUACUGGACACCUUGAGCAACAAGCUGAAAAGCAUACUGAGCAUCACUGCAAUAAAUGACUUUCUGGACUCAUCCAGUAAUCUGCUGAACAAGACUCUGGAAAGCUCAUGGAACUCAUCUUCUGACGCUCCUAAGUAUUUGACUUCGGUUGAGAUGUUAGUCCAUAUAGCAAACAUAUCAGAAAAAAAUAGCAAGUUGAAUCUAGAAGUGGUUGCAUGCAGUAAUAGCACAUGCACAAACACUGUUUUCAAUACCACAGUUUUUCUUGCAAAUUCAAGACAAGUGAAAACAACCGGAUUCAAAUUCCUGCAGAACUAUUUGCCCAACAGUGAUAACACCGUAGAGCCCAACAGCAUUGUGGUGUCAACAACUUCACAUGGAAGCAACCAAACUAAACAAGACAUUGUAAUAGACUUUCAGCUGAUCAAAGAAAGGGCUCGUAAUGUUAAAAUUAUGUGCGUCUACUGGAACAACAGUGAGAACAAAUGGUCACCAGAUGGGUGUCAGUGGGCUGGCCCCAACAACGAGCAACGCUGCACCUGCGAACAUCUCUCCUCGUUUGCCAUCCUAAUGUCCAAAGAGCCCCUAACUGUCCCACUGUUAGACGAGGUAACCUAUGCUGGUCUUGGUAUAUCAAUCCUGUCACUCUUUAUCUGUCUUUUGAUAGAAGUAGUUGUCUGGAGAGACGUAGUUAAGACAAAUACCUUGCAUUUACGCCAUACUGCCCAUGUGAACAUCUGUCUGUGCUUGCUGGUAGCGAACACCUGCUUUUUAGCAUCAUCUAACCCCAAAGAAAUCACUGAUAUCUGGUGUAGAACCUCUGCGGUGCUGAAGCAUUUCUGCUACCUGGCCAUGUUCUUCUGGAUGUUGUGUCUCAGCACCACACUUCUGCAUCAAGCAAUUUUCUGGUUCCAUAAAGUGAGCAAGACAAACUACCUGCGGUUCUCGUUAGCCCUGGGCUAUGGUUGCCCCUUGAUUAUCGUUUUUGUCACGUUUCUUACCAACAACGCAGGCGAUAAAGGCGUCUACUAUUCACAAGACACCUGCUGGCUAGUUUACAGUGGACUUCUCAAGGGCUCCAUAUUCACAUUCAUCAUUCCAAUUUGUAUAAUUGUUUUCGUCAAUGUGUUCUCCAUGCUAGUGGUUAUUAUGAAGCUUUUAAGCCACCAUCAAAAUACAGACACGUCCCAAGAAAAGGAGAAAGCAGCUACCAAAGUUGUUUUGAGGUCCGUCAUUCUUCUGACUCCAAUCUUUGGCGUGACAUGGAUUUUUGGAGUAUCUAUGAUGAUCAUCGACCUCACAAGUGGAACACUGGCUUAUGUGAUCAAUUACGUCUUUGUCGUGCUGAACGCCUUCCAGGGUUUGUUCAUUUUGUUGACCUCAUACUUGGGCGACAGGAUGACACGUGAGGCCCUACUGAAGUGCUUCAGGAAGAAAGCUCAGGUUUCCAGCAUGAGUGGAAGCACAGCCUCAUCCACCAAGUUGGGCUCGUUUGAGAAAUAA